UUCAAUACGUCUUCAGUGCCACUGCGCCACCUAGAGGAGCUGAACGGGGUCGCGUCCUCCUGUACCUCUCACGAGGGCAAGUCCCCCCUCUCAGAACGACUGCGGCUGCCAAGCGGCAAACCCACCCUCGGAAGCAGCCUCCUCAGAAAGGCAAAGCAAAGCCAGCCGCCUUGCUCGCCCGCUCGCCCGCCCGCCUUGACCUUACAGAGUUGGGAAACUCUCGCUGGGGGCGCGCGUACGAAAGAGCGGCGUGAAAGGAGAGCUCGAAGAGCCGCAGCAAGCCGCGAAAGCAGUCCCGUAGAGGGGGGCCACCCCACCGACAUAAGCCAGCUGCCCCAUCCCCUCUCCUUUGCCCGACGGGACAAUUCAGAAGCCGGGAUGGCCGGUGAGAGAAGCAGGGGCUGCAGGAGCGCUUUGGGCUCCGCGGCGCUGUGGCUGUGCGCCCUCGCGUGCCUCUCCGCGAGGCUGCCUUCAGCACACGCCGCGCAGCGACAGGAGGACACCCUCUACCUGUGGAUUGACGCCCACCAAGCUCGCGUGUUAAUAGGCUUUGAAGAGGAUAUUCUGAUUGUUUCAGAAGGGAAGAUGGCCCCCUUCACUCAUGAUUUCAGAAAAGCUCAGCAGCGAAUGCCAGCUAUUCCAGUCAAUAUUCACUCCAUGAAUUUCACCUGGCAAGCAACUGGAAAGGCUGAAUAUUUCUAUGAGUUCCUGUCUUUGCGGUCUCUGGAUAAAGGCAUAAUGGCUGACCCAACAGUAAACAUCCCUCUUUUGGGAACAGUACCCCACCAAGCAUCAGUUGUUCAGAUUGGAUUUCCUUGCCUUGGGAAGCAAGAUGGUGUGGCAGCAUUUGAAGUUAUAGUAAUUAUCAUGAAUUCAGAAGGCAAUAUUAUACUCCAAACGCCACAGAAUGCCAUCUUCUUUAAAACAUGUCAACAAGCUGAAUGUCCUGGAGGAUGCAGAAAUGGAGGGUUUUGCAAUGAAAGACAUGUCUGUGAAUGUCCAGAUGGAUUUUAUGGUCCUCACUGUGAAAAAGCUCUAUGUACACCACACUGCAUGAACGGUGGACUCUGCGUCAUGCCUGGAUUAUGCAUCUGUCCACCUGGUUUCUAUGGCAUCAACUGUGAUAAAGUAAACUGCACCACUACCUGCUUCAAUGGAGGAACAUGUUUUUAUCCUGGAAAAUGUAUUUGCCCAGCAGGCCUUGAGGGGGAUCAGUGUGAAAUUAGUAAAUGCCAUCAGCCAUGUAGAAACGGAGGUAAAUGUACUGGUAAAAAUAAAUGCAAGUGCUCCAAAGGCUACCAAGGAGAGCUUUGUUCAAAGCCUGUCUGUGAACCUGCUUGUGGAUUAUAUGGCACCUGUAUUGAACCCAAUACAUGCCAGUGUCAAGAAGGCUGGCAUGGAAGGCACUGCAAUAAAAGGUAUGGAGCCAACCUUCUGAACGCCCUGAGGCCAGCAGGCACCAAGCACCGACAGUACACACCCUCACCUAAAAGGGCUGAAGAGAGGCAAGAGCCUGCUGAAUCCAAUUAUAUCUGGUGAACUGCAAACAUCUGAAACGUUUUAUGUUACACAAAGUUCAUAGCCUUCAUUAACCUUUCAUGUGUUGAAUGUUCAAAUGCUGUUCAUUACGUUUUAACAUUACUGGCCUGAAUUUUACUAGUUUCAUUAUAAACCACUGAGCUGAUAUUUUUAAUAUUCCUUUUUAAGUUUUACUUCUCUAGCACAGUUAUAUAGGCUUCUUCAGUUAUAUAGGCUUCUUGUUUCCAUAGCUUUUGACCGGUUUCUUUUUGUCCAGUAUUUCAAUUCUUCAUUGAAUCAAUAUUUUCCUGUUCAGAAAUUCCUGAGAACAAAUUAAGAAUCUAAAAAAGGAGAGUGUUAUAAAUGCAGGUUUCAUACAAAUUCUUCUUCUGAAUUGUGCUUAAACAACUAGAAGAUUUAAUUUUAAUUUUGGCAUGAUGAGAGUUUUACCUGUUUUGUUAAAUAAAACAAAUGCUUUCUAAUUUAAAACCAGUUCCCAUGUCUACAGGAUGUUCUAUAUUAAAUACAAUGUGGUUGUAGUGUUGAAACAAUAUAAUAUAUUGGGAACAAUGUGGAACUAUGAAGUAUGAACACAAAUGUUUGCAUUCGCUUAUAGCAAUAUAAUAUAUUGCACACAAAACAGCUCUUAUGUAAUAAACAUUUUUAUACUGAUUUUUAUGUAUGAAAUAAAG